AUGUCCCCCACAAGCCUGGCUGGGUGCAGGUGUCCAACUCAGCCGGCGCCCUUCUUCGACCCAGGUGUUCUGGCUCCCAGACCCCAAUUUGGCUGGGGCGCCCGCCCGCAGGGAAACCCCGCCCUGGUUGUCCCCAUUCAUCCAAGUCUCUGCCGCGCGAGUUCCUCAAUGGGAAAGGGCGGGUCCCCAAGGGGGCGGGGCGAGUGGGAUCGGGCCCUCCCCGGUCUCUCAGAGACAGAGGGCGCGGAACCCGCCUGUGUUUCAGAGUGUUGGAGCCUGCAGCUGGGCAGACUGGGGGAACUCCAGGCCAGAAACGGGGUGGCCUCUAGCCUGGGGCGAAGAGUCGGGCGCGAAGGGAGCUCCCACCAGGGUCGUGAGAGGUGUGCUAUUGAGGAAGAAGUUAGCAGGAAAACCCGUGCAGCAAGUCUGCGGAAUCUUGGGGGACACACGACGGGGAUGCUGGUCUCCGCCCUCCUCGUUCUCCUCUUCUGCCUCAGAGGGCAUGCAGGCCCGUCGCCCCAUUUCCUGCAACAACCGGAUGACCUGGUAGCACUGCUGGGGGCUGAGGCCCGGCUGCCCUGUGCCCUGGGCGAAUACUGGGGGCUGGUUCAGUGGACCAAGGACGGGCUGGCUCUAGGGGGUGAAAGGGACCUACCAGGGUGGUCCCGGUACUGGAUAUCAGGGAACGCAGCCAGUGGCCAGCACGACCUUUACAUUAGGCCCGUGGAGCUAGAGGAUCAAGCAUCAUAUGAAUGUCAGGCUACACAAGCGGGCCUCCGCUCUCGGCCAGCCCAACUGCAUGUGCUGGUACCCCCAGAAGCCCCCCAGGUACUGGGAGGCCCCUUUGUGUCUCUGGUUGCUGGAGUUCCUGCAAAUCUGACCUGUCGGAGCCGUGGGGAUGCCCGCCCCAUCCCUGAGCUGCUGUGGUUCCGAGAUGGGAUCCGUCUGGAUGGGACCACCUUCCACCAGACGCUGCUGAAGGAAGGAACCACUAGGUCGGUGGAGAGCAUCUUAUCCUUGACUCCUUCCAGCGCUGAUGACGGAGCCACCUUGGUCUGCAGGGCCCGGAGCCAGGCCCUGCCCUCAGGGAAGGAUACAGCUAUCACACUAAGCCUGCAGUAUCCCCCAGUGGUGACUCUGUCUGCAGAACCACAGAGUGUGCUGGAGGGAGAGAAGGUCACUUUCCUGUGCCAAGCAACAGCCCAACCUCCUGUCACAGGCUAUAGGUGGGCAAAGGGAGGUUCCCCCGUGCUCGGGGCCCGCGGACCAAUGUUGGAGGUUGUGGCAGACGCCUCAUUCCUGAUUGAGCCAGUGUCCUGCGAGGUCAGCAACGCAGUGGGUAGCGCCAACCGCAGCACAGCGCUGGACGUGCAGUUCGGGCCGAUUCUGCAGGCAAGGCCGGAGCCCAUGUCUGUAGACGUAGGGGGAGACGCUUCCUUCAGCUGUGCCUGGCGCGGGAACCCGCUCCCACGGGUAACUUGGACCCGCAGCGGGGACGCGCAGGUGCUGGGCUCUGGGCCCACGCUGCGUCUUCCGUCGGUGGGGCCCGAGGAUGCAGGCGACUACGUGUGCAGAGCUGAGCCGGGGCUCUCUGGCCUGGGGGGCGGCGCUGCGGAGGCUAGGUUGACUGUGAACGCUCCCCCAAUUGUGACCGCCCUGCAUUCUGCGCCCGCCUUCCUGAGGGGCCCCGCCCGCCUGCAAUGUCUAGUCUUUGCAUCUCCGGCCCCAGAUGCUGUGGUCUGGUCUUGGGAUGAGGGCUUUCUGGCGGCGGGGUCGCAGGGUCGGUUCCUGGUGGAGACAUUCCCAGCCCCGGAGGGCCGCGGGGGCCAGGGCCCAGCCCUGAUCUCUGUGCUACACAUUUCGGGGACCCUGGAAUCGGACUUCAGCAGGGGUUUCAACUGCAGUGCCAGGAACCGGUUGGGUGAGGGAGGCGCCCGGGUCAGCCUGGGGCGUAGAGACUUGCUGCCCACAGUGCGGAUUGUGGCUGCAGUGGCUGCUGCAGCCGUGACUCUUCUUAUGGUCAUCAUUGGGGUGGCCCUCUGCUGCUGGCGCCAUGGCAAGGCCUCUUUCUCCAAGCAAAAGAACCUGGUACGAAUCCCAGGCAGCAGUGAUGGCUCCAGUUCAAGAGGCCCUGAAGAGGAGGAGACCGGCAGUGGCGAGGACCGGGGCCCCAUCAUGCAAACGGAUCACAGUGACCUGGUUCUGGAUGAGGAAGGGGCUCUGGAGACCAAGGACCCAACCAAUGGUUACUACAAGGUCCGAGGAGUCAGUGUGAGCCUGAGCCUUGGUGAAGGCCCUGGAGGCGGCCUCUUCUUGCCGCCCCCCUCCCCCCUUGGACCUCCAGGGACCCCUACCUUCUAUGACUUCAACCCACACCUAGGCACGGUCCCACCCUGCAGACUGUAUAGAGCUCGAGCAGGUUAUCUCACCACACCCCAUCCUCGAGCUUUUACCAGCUACAUCAAACCUACAUCCAUUGGACCCCCAGAUCUGACCCCCAGGACUCCACCCUUCCCAUACGCUGCCUUCCCCACACCCAGCCACCCACGUCUCCAAACUCAUGUGUGA